CUCGCCCCCCCUCCUUCCCCCGCAGCCGUACUCCCUCCCCAGCCGGCCAGCCCUCCGGGAGGAGAAAGCGCCGCGGAGACAGCCGGGGCGGGGGCCUACCUUCCCGAGGGCCGGCAUCAUGUCGGCGGCGCAGGUGUCCUCGUCCCGGAGACAAUCUUGCUACCUGUGCGACCUGCCUCGCAUGCCCUGGGCCAUGAUCUGGGACUUCUCGGAACCCGUAUGCCGCGGUUGCGUCAACUACGAGGGCGCGGAUCGCAUCGAGUUUGUGAUCGAGACCGCGCGUCAGCUGAAGCGGGCACACGGCUGCUUCCAGGACGGCCGCUCCCCCGGGCCGCCACCGCCCGUCGGGGUCAAGACGGUGGCCCUGUCGGCUAAGGAGGCGGCGGCGGCGGCUGCGGCAGCGGCCGCCGCACAGCAGCAGCAACAGCAGCAACAACAGCUCAACCACGUCGAUGGUUCCAGCAAGCCUGCGGUGCUGGCGGCCCCGUCCGGCCUGGAGCGCUAUGGCCUGAGCGCAGCCGCUGCUGCCGCCGCCGCCGCCGCCGCCGCGGUGGAACAGCGCAGCCGCUUCGAGUAUCCUCCACCACCGGUGAGCCUGGGAAGCAGCAGCCACUCCGCGCGGCUGCCCAACGGCCUGGGGGGCCCCAACGGCUUCCCCAAGCCCACACCGGAGGAGGGACCCCCGGAGCUGAACCGUCAGAGCCCCAACUCAUCUUCAGCGGCGGCGUCGGUGGCGUCUCGGCGCGGGACGCAUGGUGGACUAGUGACAGGGCUGCCCAACCCGGGGGGUGGCGGAGGCCCCCAGCUUACCGUGCCCCCUAAUCUGCUGCCGCAGACGCUGCUUAACGGCCCGGCCAGCGCCCCCGUGCUGCCCCCACCGCCGCCUCAUGGUCUGGGCAGCCGUGGGCCCCCGACGCCCGCGCCCCCCGGGGCCCCCGGGGGCCCAGCUUGUCUCGGGGGCGGCCCAGGCGUAUCGGCCGCGUCGUCCUCCGCGUCAUCUUCGACCUCGUCGUCGGUGGCCGAGGUGGGCGGGGGUGCUGGUGGCAAAAGGCCCGGCUCCGUGUCGAGCACUGACCAGGAGCGCGAGCUGAAGGAGAAGCAGCGUAACGCCGAGGCCCUGGCCGAGCUGAGUGAGAGCCUGCGCAACCGCGCAGAGGAGUGGGCCAACAAGCCCAAGAUGGUCCGCGACACGCUGCUCACGCUGGCCGGCUGCACGCCCUACGAGGUGCGUUUUAAGAAGGACCACUCGCUGCUGGGCCGCGUCUUCGCCUUCGACGCCGUCUCCAAGCCUGGCAUGGACUACGAGUUGAAGCUGUUCAUUGAGUACCCCACGGGCUCGGGCAACGUGUAUUCCAGCGCAUCUGGUGUGGCCAAGCAGAUGUACCAGGACUGUAUGAAGGACUUCGGUCGGGGUCUCUCCUCCGGCUUCAAGUAUCUGGAGUAUGAGAAGAAACACGGCUCCGGGGACUGGCGUCUACUUGGAGACCUGCUGCCCGAGGCCGUGCGCUUCUUCAAGGAGGGCGUGCCCGGCGCCGACAUGCUGCCCCAGCCCUACCUGGACGCCAGCUGCCCCAUGCUGCCCACGGCUCUGGUGAGUCUAAGCCGCGCCCCCAGCGCGCCCCCGGGGACCGGGGCCCUGCCGCCCGCCGCCCCCUCGGGCCGGGGCGCAGCUGCCAGCCUGCGCAAGAGGAAGGCGUCCCCCGAGCCCCCGGACUCCGCCGAGGGCGCGCUGAAGCUGGGCGAGGAGCAGCAGAGGCAGCAGUGGAUGGCGAACCAGAGCGAAGCACUAAAGCUCACCAUGUCGGCCGGGGGCUUUGCGGCGCCGGGGCAUGCGGCAGGGGGUCCGCCUCCGCCGCCCCCACCCCUGGGACCCCAUUCCAACCGGACCACCCCGCCCGAGUCAGCCCCUCAGAACGGUCCGUCGCCCAUGGCCGCCCUCAUGUCGGUGGCAGACACACUGGGCACGGCGCACUCGCCUAAGGACGGCAGUUCUGUGCACUCCACCACUGCGUCCGCACGGCGCAACAGCAGCAGCCCAGUGUCGCCGGCCUCCGUACCCGGGCAGCGCCGCUUGGCAUCACGGAACGGGGACCUGAAUUUACAGGUGGCGCCCCCGCCGCCUAGCACCCACCCGGGCAUGGACCAAGUGCACCCUCAAAACAUUCCGGAUUCCCCUAUGGCCAACAGCGGGCCCCUUUGCUGUACCAUUUGCCACGAACGUUUGGAGGACACGCAUUUCGUUCAGUGCCCCUCCGUUCCCAGCCACAAAUUCUGCUUCCCUUGCUCUAGAGAGAGUAUCAAGGCCCAGGGGGCGACCGGCGAGGUGUACUGCCCCAGCGGAGAGAAAUGCCCCUUGGUUGGGUCGAAUGUACCUUGGGCCUUCAUGCAGGGCGAAAUCGCGACGAUCUUAGCUGGGGAUGUUAAAGUGAAAAAGGAGAGAGACCCUUGAACCACAAAACAGCCACCUCCUUAGCCCCAGACCAGCUCCUCUCCCGUCCAGAGGGCCCCUCCCCCACCCACAUCGACCCUCUCUUCCCUCACUCCCAAGAUGUAGAAUUGUGAAUAUAACAAACUGCAAAAAGUUAGUCUUAUGUAUAGACAUUAUUUUCGUCGUAUGUUUCUAUAUUUUGAAACAAAGGUAUGUAACUUCUUCAUUUGAAGGAUAAGCUGGUUUGUGUUAAGCAGUAUAAUAUUGGUUCGGUCAUUUGCAUCAUAUUCGUUAGCAUUUAUUGGUGGCAGAGUGUUUGCCUAGGUACAGAAUUAAUAGCCUUUAGCAACGACUGCUGCUGGUGUGUAUUUUUGUAAAUGUUAUGCACUCACUGAAAGGAAGAAAAACACACACACAAAAGAAAAUGACUUUUUUUUUGCCAAGGCCAGUGUUGCUGCCUAAAAAAAAAAUGAUGCUAUAAAAUGGUGAGAGCUUCAUUUCUGAACAGCCCCAAGUGUUGAAGUCUUCACUUUAUUUUGUUCUGUUUUGUUUUGUUUUUCUGUUUCCUUUGCAAAAUGGUAAGGGGGGUGUUGGGGGGUGGGUGUUUUUUGUUGCAAGUUUGUGAGGGAAAAUGUUUUGGUUUGUUUCUACUGACCUGAAUGUGUUGGAUCUUCACGUGUUGUUUUGUUUUUGCUUUAUUGAUGCACGGAUGCUUUUGAACAGUAGAGCGAAAUGCUAGACAUGGAGAAUCUGCUCUGUUUGUCCUUUAUACAUUUCUGUAGUUAACAGAACACUGUAAUGUGCCUUGGAGCUUAGUAACUUGUAAUAAAUUCAAUUGAUAUUAA